GUGGUUCUGAGGAGCUGUCCCGAGCAGAUUGACAGCAGCAUCACGGUAUGGACAGCAGCCUUCUCCCUCAAAGAGCUGCACGACAGCCAUCAGCUGGAAAAGAGGACUCUGGCGUCUCUCGCAAAGAGCCUGGAUGUGACAGGACUGCGGCUGCUGUCGCUGUACGUGAAGGUAGCUGUGAUGAAGGCGAGGAGAGAGGAACCCUUUCAUGUGGCCAUGCUGGCUUCCAGCCAGGCUUGGGAAGAGUGGCCUGAGGUUGGAGUCCUUUGGAACAAAGACUUGGCCAAGCUCUUGUUGGCUGAAGAGAGUUCCUUGACCGCUUACAGGGAUGCGUCCGAGCCGCCCACCUGCCCGCAGGAGCAGGCAGUGCUGCAGUGUCUCUUGCUUCGCCAGGAAAGGGAGAGGAGGUAUCUGAUGGGAAUUCUGCACAGUCUGACCUUAGAGGAGCUGAUGGAUCAGGGAGGACAGAAUUUGACAGUUCAGGAGUGCACCCAAUCACGGCUGGCUGCUCUGAGGAAACCGUGUGUUUCACGGCUGAGGGACACGAGGGUGAUACUCGAGGGCACGUCUGGACUGCCAUCCUGGAGCAAUUCUGCUCUCUGCUUACUGACUCACCUAAUGGAGCUGCAGGACCGGGAGGUUAGGGUUGCCCUGGGGGACCUGCUGCACACGGAAAACAUAAAAGCCCUUCGAAAAAAAUAUGAGACUGAGUUGGAGGACCAGAAAUUUAUCAGUUUGUAUCAGCUUUUGCUUGCUGAUCCUGGGCCCAAGACACCUGCUGAUGACAAUAAUUGUGGAGCGUCCUCCACAUCCAAGGCUACAGAAGAGGAUCCUGCAGUGAAGCUCCAUGAUGUUAAAGUUUCCAGCCCUGCAAGUCAACAGACCCUUGGGAAUAACGGAGGAGACCAGGAGGACAUACCAUCAAUUAGGACACUCGGAAACACCGACGCUCCGGAAGUUCUCUAUCUAGAUGUUCUAUGUGCAUCUGCCAAUAGUACGGCACUUGAGGGAGAUAAAAUGAGCAGUGAAGAAGAAGAGACAACCUUUGGUUGUGUUCCCAUCAGCCUGGAGAAACAAGGAUCUUUGAUUGCAGUGGCCUGGAGCCAGACGGGCCAGGAGACCGGUACCUCAGAGGUACCUGCUGAUAUCAUAGCGAAAAGUGAAACAGAUCAUCGUCCUGAACAGCUGGACACCAACGCUGACCAGGACACGAGCAGAGCACAUGAAGACAGAGCCCUAGAGGCAUCCUUAAACGGUGUUUUAUUGCAAGACAGCCUCCAAGAUGGGUGUUUUCAGGAACCUCCUGUUCAGGAUGACAUUGGCAGUAGUGAAUUUCCUGCUGAGGCUCUCGUGACUCUUGAAGCUAAAGUGAUACUUGGCACUGAGGACAACUUCAACCAUAGUGCUGAGAAUAGACUCAAACGGUCAGAGCCUCAAGAUCAGCCCGUCCUUGACGGACAUGGUGAAAAGGUGGAAAAUAUCCAGCAAAGGCCCGUUAAAGACGCUACCAGCAAUACAGAAACAGGAGCCAAGUGCAUCCACAGAGAAAUGACGGUAGUGCACAUUUCGGAGAUGGAGAGGGAGGAGACCAUGAAAAGUCUAGUGGACAUGCAGAGGAAGGUUGAGAGCAUGUAUCAGAGAGACAAGGAAAGACAAAUGCUGCGGUUUCAGGAGCGUCUGUCCAUAGUCCAAAGCAGGAAGUCUGAUGAAGACCUCCUGGGUCACAAACAAAGGGAUGGUCUAAAGCACCUCACCGAAAACCUCAAAAAGGAGGAUAGAAACCGGCAGAAAACGCUGGUUAAAGAGAAACUGGAAGAGCUGAGGCGAGAGCGUUCGUACAUCAUGCAGUCUAAAAGAGACAGAAAUACAGCUGGUUUUAAGGAGCUUCUUGCACCGGUGGUUAUAAAAACGACGGGAGUUGAAAGAAGUUGUUUACAGUGACACAAUCCAUUAUAUUAUUACAACAUAUAAUAAUGUAUAUGAUAUACAUACUAUUAUAAUAACUUAAUAACAUGGUUAUAUACACACACACACAUUUUCUGAACCGCUUGUCCCAUACAGGGUCGCAGGAGCCUAC